CAGCGCGUGCAGGAACGACGUUAAUGAGUUGUUGAAGGAGCCGCACGAGACGAUCAGAUAAUCAUGCCGUACACCAGCUUUGUAGCUGCACUUGUACGGGCAAACUUGGCCAAUGUGAGAAAAAUCCUCCUGGCAUCUAGCGGCAGAUACAGAUCCUCAGUGGCAUCCACCAAGACACAAGAAGUGGGAGAGAAAGAGGCGCAGAUAGACGGCUGUCCCGUGGUGGAAACUGCGCCACUUGAGCUCAUCAGCCAGAGCAAAAAUGCCGCAAACACGCACGACAUUAAAAUCCACAUCGACUUCGAAAAUUCUCAGGAAGCCUACAGAAGUAAGAGCAAUACGGAGCUGCUCCGAAGCCUGCUGGUCUUCAAGCUUUGUGCCGUAGACGUUCUGGUGGAAAAGAACAAAGAGGUGAUUGAGCUGAGUAAGAAGUUGCUCGGUCAGUGGUUGUUCGAGAAGAUGAUGAAAAUGACCUUCUAUGGGCAGUUUGUGGCCGGUGAAGACCACCACGCCAUCAAACCCUUAAUUCAGAAGAAUCAGGCUUUUGGUGUUGGGGCAGUUUUGGACUACAGCGUAGAAGAGGACCUGACACAAGAGGAGGCAGAGAAUAAGGAAAUGGAGUCGUGUGUCUCUCAAGCAGAGAAGGAAAGUCCAGAAGCUGAUCAUCGAGAGAGGAAGUAUAAGGCCCAUCGUCAGUUUGGGGACAGGCGUGGGGGAGUGAUCAGUGCCCGCACCUACUUCUAUGCAGAUGAGGCCAAAUGUGACAAUCAAAUGGAAACGUUUAUGAACUGUAUUAAUGCCUCAGGAAGCGCUUCUGCAGAUGGAUUUUCUGCCAUCAAGUUGACUGCACUGGGUCGCCCACAGUUCCUUCUCCAGUUUUCUGAAGUCCUGGUGAAAUGGAGGCGCUUCUUUAACUUCUUCGCGGCACAACAGGGAAAAGCUGAAAUGAUGGUUUUGGAACAAAAACUGGAACUGGAACAGUUGAAGGAGAGUCUCACUGAAAUGGGUGUGGGAGCCAAGAAUGACAUUGAUAACUGGUUUACUGGAGAGAAGCUGGGCUUGUCAGGGACAAUAGAUCUGCUGGACUGGAACAGCUUAAUAAACGACACAACAAAAAUCUCCAGCCUGCUUAUGGUGCCAAACCUUGAGACAGGCCACCUGGAGCCUUUACUGAAAAAGUUUACAGCUGAGGAGGAAAAACAGAUGAAGAGAAUGCUGCAGAGGAUGGACAUUCUAGCAAAGCAUGCCUUGGAGAAAGGAGUAAGGCUCAUGAUAGAUGCUGAGCAGACGUACUUCCAGCCAGCUAUCAGUAGACUGACAAUGGAAAUGCAGAGGAAAUUCAACAGGGAAAAGCCCAUCAUUUUCAACACUUACCAGUGUUACCUUAAGGAAGCUUAUGACAAUGUAACUGCGGAUAUUGAGUUAUCACGACGGGAAGGCUGGUACUUUGGUGCCAAACUGGUUCGUGGUGCCUACAUGUACCAAGAAAGAGCCAGGGCCAAAGAGAUUGGCUACGAAGACCCAAUAAAUCCGGACUAUGAGGCCACCAACAGGAUGUAUCAUAAAUGUUUGGAGUAUGUGCUGGAGGAGAUUGAACACAGCAGAAAGGCUAAUGUCAUGGUUGCAUCCCACAAUGAGGACACAAUAAAAUUUACACUAGAAAAGAUGAAUGAGAUGGGCCUUUCACCCAUGGAAAACAAAGUUUACUUUGGACAACUGCUGGGCAUGUGUGACCAGAUUAGUUUUCCAUUAGGUCAAGCAGGAUUCCCAGUCUACAAGUAUGUUCCGUACGGCCCAGUCAAUGAGGUCAUUCCCUACCUGUCUCGCCGUGCUCAAGAGAACCGCGGCUUCGUGAAGGGAACCCAGAGAGAGCGCCGCCUGCUGUGGAAGGAGCUGAAACGCAGAGUCCUCUGUGGUCAGAUUUUUUAUAACCCUGUAUACUGAGUCACAAGAGAACACAGUCAAUACUGAAUGUCUGAAAGCGUUCCAUAUCACUGGUCCUGUUACAUGCACACUAAAAACUCUGAUCAUUAUCUGAUUAGUGGAGUUAUCUGAUUCAAGUGGUCAUAUGAACAGCUAAAUACGAUAUGCUUUAUCAGAUACUCAUUAUGAAAAAUUGGAUUACCACAGAUUUCUCCCCAGUAGUCAGAUUUCUUCGGUACAUGUUUGACAUCUGUGCAUAUGUAAAAGCAGUUGCCACUCACAUUUCCAGAGGUACAGUAGGAUGCACUGUUGUUUUGUGGGGGCUCAUAACAUCCUUCAUGAGAUCACAAACUUCUGAUAGUCCGUUGUGAGUCCAAAAAAGUGUGACGAGGCACAAGGGUGCUUCAUCAUCUCUUGUGUGGUGUUUCAGCUUCCUAAAGAGCAAAUUUCUUGGUGAUCUGUGUGAUUUGUAUGUAUGCACAUCUAAUCUAAUAUAUAAAGCUGACUGUGUGUGUGUGCGUGUGCACGCUUGCAUUUGCUGUGCACAGCCACAGUAAUUAAGCAGUUGACAUCAAACUUGCUAUGGUGACUGGUGUCACCAAGAGAGAGGUCACUGGGGCCCUUAGGUUGAAAGCGUACAUACAUGAACACACACAUGGUCAGCCUUAUAUAUUAGAUCACAACCUGCUCACUGGAGCGCAUUUUUUCGCAGUUUACGUGGUACUCAGGUCAGGUAGCAAGCAUCACACUUUACUUACUACUUCGUAGCGGCUGGCUAGGGUGCACUUUAGUUACAAUACAAAUGGGCCAGUGCACGCCGCGUGCCAGUUAAGGCGGACUUUUUUUUAAAAAUUUUAUUAAAAUGCCCCUGCUGUGUACGGCAUGCCAGAGCACUGCAGUGAUAUGACAUGCUAACGCCUUUUAUCAUCACAUUAAAUAAGACCAGAGACAUCUUAAAUGAUCCAUUAGGAUGUUUCACUGCAAAAAACAGAUUUUUCCAGGUGUUUGUAAUAAAAUACUCCAAACAGACACAAAAGUGAGUGACUCCUUUCCAGUCGGAGACUACGAGAGGAGUCAUUGAUGGGCAGUGCCACUGUCAAUCAAAGCAACCACGGCCACAGUUAUACAGAAUUCUAUUAAUUAAAAUCUCUUAAACUAAGAAGUU